AUGGCCCAGAAAACCAUCAGCACCGCUGAGGCGGAGCGCAUGAACCUGGUGGCUCAGGAUGAGAUCUGGAAAUACCGCCUGAAAGCUGAAACUGAAGCACGGAAAAACUGGGCUCAGAAGUGGGGAUUUUUAACAACCCCCUUCGAGGAGUUGAUCGAGCAUGAAGGAGAAGAGCCCUCCAUCCCGAAGCCCAAACUUGAGCUACCUGAGCGUUUCCGCAUCCGGCCUGUGACCCCAGUGGAGAAAUACAUCAAGGUCCUUCCGUCUCCCCCAAUCCCGGAGACAACCCAAGGCUUUAUUGGCUGGAGAUCUGGGCAGCCGGGCCUCAACAAGUGCUUGGAACACGACCGUGAGAUCCGGAGCUGCAAAGGGGCCUAUGCCAUGGAGUUGGGGUGGCCCAAGCAGGGCAUCCACUAA